UUCACGGGACGAUCGCUCGGCGGUGGUGGCGGUGGUGGUGGUGAAUGGUGAUGAACGUGUUGUGUCGACUGCUGUGAUCGGGGACUCGCGGAUGAACGCUGUCCAUUUGGAAUGAGAUCGUCGUCGUCGUCCUCGUCACCGUCGUCGUCGUCGACGUCGCGCGGUUGCCCGGGCUCGCAGCAUCGUCGCAAAUGACGCAGACUCGGCUGCUAGGUCGAAUCCUAUCUCCGGGCGUUCGUCUUCGCGUCGUCAGGAAAAAUGUCCGGGGAUAUCGGGAGUAGCGCGGCGUCCUCCCGUUGAUUCUCGCGAUUUUUUUUGCAGAAAACAAACGCACGCAACAUAUAUAUAUAUAUAUACAUAUAUAGACGUGUACGUGCGACACGACGUCCGGGAGCAUCCCUCUGCUUCUUUCCCACCGCUCACUUUGCGAGGAUUCGACGAAUGCGACCGAGGUCUUGGUUCGAGACUGAUUGAUUAGAUCAACGCGACGCCCGGAUCGGUCCAAGAAUCGUCUUCUAACAACAAUAAGCUUUCCAUCAAGACUGCCAAAGACUGAUGCACUAAUCACUGAUGCAUGGGAUAAUCAUCUUUGAUGUCAAGUACGGUCAGCAUCAAUGGGAAACUGUUUCUCGUGCUUCAAGGUGCCACUUCCACCAUCAACCAAUACCGAUCAAUCAAUUGCAUUGGAGCAUAAAGACGAAACAAUGGAACUCAGAGGUUUGUUCCCAAAUUCUUGCCAACAAUCUGGUUCUUUUGUGCCUGAAACACAUAUAAAUGGAAAUAGAAAGUCUAUAAGUACACUAUCUACAUUUAAUAAUGUAGGCUCAGAUAAUUGUGGAUCUGUGUCCAGUGUACAAAGUAAUCAGCGUUUAUCGCGAGGAUUUUAUGCGCGAUUACAGCCAUUAGGACGAUCUAGUACAUCAUCCGGUCUUAAUUUAGCUACUGAACCUAAGCAACAAAAGGAACCAUCAGAGAGCAAAUUAAAUGCUCUUUUUGACCAAUAUAAGGAUAACGAUGAAGAUAUGAUAUUAAUGGAAGGCGUGGUAAGACUCUGUAAUGAUUUACAAUUAGCACCUGAGGAAUUUAAAGUUCUCGUACUUGCAUGGAAGUUAAAUGCAGAGCAAAUGUGCCAAUUUACGCGCCAAGAAUUUGUCACAGGAUUAAAAGCUAUGAAGGUCGACAGUAUACGUGGUAUACAAGCACGAUUGCCUGAAAUCGUUCAGGAAUUGACGGUCAAUAGUGAUUUAUUCAAAGAUCUCUAUCGAUUCACAUUCCGAUUUGGCCUCGACGUGACGUCUGGUCAAAGAAUUUUACCUGCUGACAUGGCAAUCAGCCUUUGGGGACUUGUCUUUACAAUACGUGAACCUCCGCUUUUGACAAGAUGGCUUAACUUCCUCAAAUGCCAUCACAUUCGCGGGAUACCUAGAGAUACUUGGAAUAUGUUUUUAAACUUUGUCGAAAGCAUUGGUGACGAUCUUGGUGCUUACGAUGACGCAGAAGCAUGGCCAAGUUUAUUUGAUGACUUUGUGGAGUACGAAAACGACCAAAUGAACCAAAAUAUCACUAAAGAUGAUAUUAUGAAAGAUACUUCUAUCGAUAAAACUUAAUGUUCAUAUUUUAAGGAAAAUAACGGUGAAGCAGAAAAAUAUUGUCUUAAAUCUGACCUUUGAACAGGAUCGUCGUCGAAAUGACAUUACUCUAAGAAUGAUUUUUUUAUUCUUAUUAGUACAAUCGAAGAAGUUAUAUUCUUGAUUAUUACUUUUUUAAAAGAUCUUAUAUUUGUUGAUAUUUGCGUUAUUUUGUUUAUAUUCGGUAUUCUCUUUCCUAAUGUAAAUAUAGACAAUUUAUUUAAUGUAAUAUUUAA